GCUGCAGAAGCAGCCCUAAAAACAAAACAAAACAAAAAAAAGUGUGUCGGGACCAGGCUUUGGGUCCACGAAGGCAGAUUCCUCAGCAGUCAGGACUGGAAGCAGGGGAGGCCCAGGACAGCGGCCGGGGCCCGUCUCAGCUUCAACAUGAGCAGCUUCAAGAGAGCCCAGCCCACUUCCUGAUCACACCUCCCUUGCCUGCCCUGACCCUGUUCCUGCCUCGUCCUUCCUUUGGGCCCUUGACCUCACCGGAGCCGCUUCCCCCAUCGUGGGGAGUCCUCGGUGGCAGUGCCCGCCCCACAAUCUCCUUAGUGUGGGCGCAGCAAGGUCCUAAUCAGCUUAUCCAGCAUGAUAAAAGCCCAGCUGGCACCCUGCUGUGGGAAACCUGCCACUCACACCCACGGCCCCCCUGAGACCGCCCCAGCACUGGUGUGAGGGGGUCCAGACAGCAGAGGUCGUCACAGGGUCUCAGCCAGCCUGGCCAUGAACCUGGAGCCGCCCAAGGCCGAGAUACGGUCAGCCACCAGGGUGAUCGGGGGACCCGUCACUCCCAGGAAAGGUCCCCCCAAAUUUAAGCAGCGGCAGACCAGGCAGUUCAAGAGCAAGCCCCCCAAGAAAGGCGUCCAAGGGUUUGGGGACGACAUCCCUGGAAUGGAAGGCCUGGGAACAGACAUAACGGUCAUCUGCCCCUGGGAGGCUUUCAACCACCUGGAGCUGCACGAGCUGGCCCAGUACGGCAUCAUCUAACCCGACCGCCGCCUGCAGCCCCGGCCCCUCCACACCGCCGCCAGCGCCAGCCCCUGCCCGGGCUCCCUGGCAGGAGGCCUGCCCCCCAGGGAGGUCCAGAGUGUCCAGAUUGCGUCUGGAGACCCUGGCAGCAUGGCAUCCUCAGCCCCCUGACGCUAGUCAUCACCCCGCAGGAGCCCCCGGGGCCCUGGUCCUCAGACCACCUCCUCCUGUGGCUGGAAAGCCAGGGCGGGGCCUCCCCCGGCGCCCCCUCCCCCACGGCCCUGCCUGUCAUGGGGGGGUAAGCGCUCCCCACUAACCCCCAGCCGAGGCCCUAGGUGGUGUGGUGGGUGACAGGAGUCAUGCCUGGUGUCCUUUCAAAUAAAAUGAGUGUGUCCACCGCU